CAUUUAUGAGAUGUACACACCUAUAAAUGCAGAUGAUGAUGAGCCUAUAAACUGAUAUGAUUUGACUUAAAAAGUGUUGCAGUGAUUUUUAGUUUUAAAUGCACAGACCCUAAUAUAUACAUACAUACACAUAUACGAACAAAGUUAUGUAUGUAUAUUAAUGUAAUCACUUUCCGGAACGCCUAGAAGUGUGUGUGGACUUGCGACCGGCUGCUGUUACAUGGUGUUCUUAAAAAGUUUUGUAUCUACUUACCUAGGAUGUAUGUAUGUACAUCGGUAGGGGGCACAUAUACAGACAAAAAUUCAUAUGCAUCAGUGUACAUGAAUGUACAUACAUAUUUUCUAUAAGGAUGCGUCUUUCCUUUUAGCGGAGAUAGUCCAAUAGAAAACUACAAAUUUAGGAUACAUAAGUGAAUUUAGUAUGUAUGUGUCUAUUCACAUACAUACUCAAUAUAAAUGCCCCUGGAUCCUUACAAAGUGAAUGUGCUAAAUCUAAAUCAAGUAUAAUUGUGUCCAAUAAAAAAUGAUAUCUUAAAACGGUCGGGCGCAAAUUACUACACACUCAUAUAAUUCUUAAUCAACCAAAACAUUAACCAACAUGGAUAUAGUAGGACUCCUACUCAUUUUAUCACUGCAUUUGAAAACAGCUUUCGGCAGUAAAGAUGUUCCUCUUCAUCAAAUUGAGUCUUUAGUUGGUGAAAAUAUUUACCUUCCAUGCAAUGUAACAACAUAUGAUGGAGACGAACCCGUUUUGGUUUUAUGGUAUCGAGAUGACAAAGGAACUCCCAUAUACAGCGUUGAUAUACGUGCUGGAAUUUCAAAGGCUCCGAAACGAUGGUCCGAUGAAUCGGUUUUUGGUGACAGAGCCUACUUUAUUUUUGAUAAAGAACCGGGAAAACUUUCAAUUCAAAAUACCCAAGGAAGUGAUUCGGGAACAUAUAGAUGCAGGGUUGAUUUCUUAAAAGCUCAGACAUUUAAUACACGAGUUCGCCUCAAUGUAAUAUCUCCACCAAAACAAGUUGUCAUUCGAGAUAGUGCAAAUGUUGAGAGAUCCACUGUGGUAGGACCAUAUAGCGAAGGUGACAUAGUGACACUGAAAUGUCAAGUUAUUGGCGGCUAUCCAAUUCCAUCUGUUAGCUGGUACAGAGAUGGCGUUGAAGCACAAUCUGAUACCACUUACUUACCAGGUGGCAAAAUCAUUCAGAGUGAAAUUUCACUAGGCCCACUUGGAAGGGAGGAUCUUAACUCUCGGCUAACAUGCAGAGCUGCUAACCAUCCCAGAGCUUCGAUUGUGGAAUCCGUUGUUCAAAUCGAUAUGAACUUCUCUCCUUUAAAUAUACGAUUAUUGGGUGCCCAUCAACCACUUUCGGCCGGUCGAAGAUAUGAUCUUCUAUGUCAAAGUGCCGGGUCAAGACCUCCAGCGGUUAUAACUUGGUGGCAAAAUGGAAUUCGUCUCGAAAAGACAACUGAAACUACUUCAAGUGAUGGCAAUCAAACAACUAGUACUCUUUCAAUAAGCCUAAGUAAAUCAGAUGCUGGAAAGUUCCUAGCCUGCAAGGCUUAUAAUCAUGCUAUACCCUCGGAACCACUCGAAGAUGGUUGGAAACUGGAUAUUCAAUAUGUACCCGAGGCUUAUGUCCGUUUGGGAACAUCUCUAGAUGCCAAUGCACUGCGUGAAGGAACCGAUGUUUACUUUGAUUGUUUAGUUGUUGCUCAUCCGCAGGUCUUUAGAAUUGAAUGGCGCCAUAAUGGUCACCCAUUGCCGCAUAAUAUUUCCCAAGGGGUCAUAAUAAGUAACCAUUCCUUAGUAUUACAAGGCGUUACAAGAUCUACGGCUGGUAAUUACUCUUGUGUCGGCUUUAAUGCAGAAGGUGAAGGCAUCAGUGCGCCAUUUCCUCUAAAUAUUUUAUAUGCUCCCACAUGUGCUCAAAAUCAACCGAAAAUUUAUGGAGUUGCUAAACAGGAAGAUGCCCAGAUCAAAUGUGUGGUAGAUGCCAAUCCCCAUGAUGUGGAUUUCAGUUGGACUUUUAACAAUUCCGCUGAAAGUAUUGAUGUGGCAACAAAUCAUAUUACUCGUUCGGGAACCACGUCAAUUGUAACUUAUACGCCGAUUACCGAACUAGAUUAUGGCACAUUAUUAUGUGUAGCGUCUAAUAGAAUUGGAAGACAACGAGUUCCUUGUGUCUAUCAUAUAAUUGCUGCAGGACGUCCGGAUCAAGUGCAUAAUUGUACCCUAAUCAAUAUAUCAAUGUCCUCGCUAACUGUAACCUGUAGUGAUGGUUUUAAUGGCGGAUUACCACAGUUGUUUAUAUUGGAGCUUCAAGAUUCUUUCACCCACGAAAUAAAAGCUAAUAUCACAUCAACGAGUCCAAGAUUCACAGUUUCAGGCCUUGUUCCUGGCAGUCUAUAUCGCUUAUCGAUUUUCGCAUAUAAUUCUAAAGGACGGUCAGAUCCGGCUAUUCUGAAUGCUGCAAUGCUUCGUAUGCCGGAAAAGCAACUUACAUCUGAACAAAUGCACUUUAUCAAUUCUUUAGCGAAUAAUCCACGCGCUGAGUUGCUUUUCUCUCCGAUGGUAUCAUUAACCAUUGGAUUGACAUUGGCUGUCCUUGUUGCAAUCCUGGCUAUCAUACUUGCUCUUCGUAUACCCUGUGCGGCAACGACAAGACGUCGACCAAAAGCACUAUCUAAUGAAAAUGUGUCCAGAGACGAGUCUCCUGGACCAAGUGAUAAAAGUACAGGCAGCAAAGAUGGCGACGAUAGCGAUGAAAAGAACCCAGAUGUAGUACCUGAAGCGAUUGAUCCAGACGAGCAAGUGGGAGAAGCUUAUAUGAUUGAUUGUGCCAGGAGAAGGCAGCAGAUUUCCACAAUUGAUGCCAAUUGCAGUCCUAACAGAGGAAUUCUUGUCAAUGAAUCUCUACCACAGCAUGUGGGUGGUGCUGAAAUGACUUUACAUGCCUCCCAUAGCAUUGGCUAUUGCACAUUACGUGGUGGAAUACAAGGCCAAGGACCCAAUUCUCUUGGUGGACUAUCAAUUAAUGUCACUCCACAUGUUUAUUCCAAUUCAAUUGCCCAGUGCACUCUACCCCGUCAGUCGUCUCAAGGUGCUUGGCCCAGAUACAGCAGCAAUUUGGCAGGAGCCAGACAUGUGGCACCCAUUUCGACAUUUCACCAACUAUCCAUUCCACCAGCACGAAUUCAUGGACAGCCUGUGGAUUCGAAUGCACCAUCAUCCCCAUCCGCUUCUAGCAGCUCCAUAACCUCGCCAUCCAAUGCUUUAACACACCCCCAUGGACGAACCAUAGCACUACAUCACAUUAAUCAAGCCCAACGAAGUAGGGUCUGUGUUGGAAUUGCGGCCAAUGGCAUCCAUUCGGUUGAUCAAAACCAGUCAGAUGAUGAAGUUACCGUCCAAACUCCGUUAAUGUUAAAACGCGAUAGCACCGUAUGACUAUAGAAGUCUCACAGGGUUAAGGAUACACCCCUGUGACUACAAAUUCCAUGCUUUCUGUCGAUUAUAUUUUAAUACUUUCUAUGCGUGAAAUUAACGAUUUUAUACCAAUUUAUUAUGAAAGCAAACUAAAAAAAAAGAAAGAAAAUACCAAAAAUAACUAAAGAUUUUAUAACAUUCCCCAUAUUAAUUUUCCACCUGUAUAAUAAUUAGUUUACAAGAAUAUCUUAAGACAUUAAGUUAGUGUUGAGUUACCUUAAUAAUAAUAAUAAUAAGCUUAUG